GAUUAGUAGGAAAUGUUCUCUUCGACAAAUAAACUACAAAGUGCAAAUCAUCCAAGAAUCCAGUUUUUCCAGCUGAAUUUUCUGUCCUGAUUUCUCCGUUGAAAACUGUGUGGUUCUCUUAUCUCCAUAGUGCCACUCUUUCGAAACUCAUGGUAUAUGGAUGCGUUGUUGUUUAAAAAAGUCUAAUAGCAAAUGUUUGCAAGUAAUUGGUAAUUGCUGCUACCAGCAGGAUUAUUUUUGCAUCGGUCACGUAACGUCUCCGAAUGACCCAAUUAGCCAGUCCAUUGCCGCUGAUUAUGUUACAUUAGUUCUUAAACCGCCACUAAUUAGUUAACAACUUGCGACUGGAAGUGGGCCCCACAUCGAAACUAUGCAUAGGGCAGUUUUCUUGAUAAUUUGCGCCAUUCCAUGCGUGCUUAGUUCAACAACCAUCAGCAGCGACUUGAACAUUCCAGCAACUGAAGCGGUGCUUCAAUCGAAAACAGAAUCAGUGGAGUCGGACGAAAUCGCUCCGGAAGACACGCCGUGCACUUGUGGCGUCUUCCUGAGCAGCCAGUUCAAGAAAGGCUCGAAGGACCAGCCCAAAGGCGAUUCGGUGCUGACGCAGGAAAUCGAUAUGCCUUUUCCCAAUAAUGCUAUUGGAAAUAAACAGUGCACGCACAGAUGUUUGGAAAUGAUUAUCAAGCAUCUGCCGAAAAGCAGCGACAUCAUUUGCGCCACUGUGGACAAGGACAGUGUCCAUCGGGAAAAAGCGUUUCUUUUCGUGAAAAACCGCAGCGAUAAGUGGCACCCUACGAACUUUUCCGCUGGGAGGGAGUUUUGCUGCAAGGACCAUCAACCCUACAAGUGCGCCAAAGGACCCAAAUAGCAGCGAUUUUUUUGAAUAAAUUAAAACAAUUGGUA